UCGCGGGGCGCUAUGUGCAUACUACUUAAAUAUAUAUAAUGCCUUUGAACAUUAUAAUAUAUUUUACAGACAGUUCUUGGCUUAUGUUGAGAUAUAUUUGACUGAUCAUUGUUGUUGUGCUUUGUCGGUAAAGCAUACACUAAACACCCAUACCACACGAGAGCAUUUAAAUGUAACAGGGCGAUUUGCAUUAUGGGUAAAUAAAUAAAUGUAGUUUUAUCUCGACAAGUCCACUGCUGUCUUUCUAUGCUCGCAUGUCAAUGUAAUAACUACAUUACCCAGCUCUUAAAUGACAACAAUUUAAAACGCGCGUCGUUUAGGAAAUGUAUUGGUAUCGUGGAGACCUGUCUCCCAUACAAAAUGUUACUUGUCCAACAGUUCCGUUCCAGCUAUAAGUGUGAAAUUUAGACUCAAACCGCAGAAAUGUACGGUUACCAAUUGCUGCGAUUUGGUAAGCAUUUGACCUCUACUGGGUUCGCGUCUAGACGAAUCCCUCAAUGUGUUUACCAUUCUCAGAACUUCUCCACUUUCAAUUUCAGCUUGUCUCCCAAAAGAAAUAGCCCGUACAGCUCAGUGGACAGUGAGCGAUAUUCUUCUCUUAUAAAGUCUGUUGUCAAAUCAAGGGUGAGUUCUCAAACCCCAGAGUCACUUGACGUUGAAAAUGAUCACAUAUACGGACCCGUUGUCAAGUCGCAAACACAAGUUCAGAGACAUGAGUCCAGAGAGCCUAAAGUGAUUUGGCCAUUGAUAAACUGUGAGAGAGCUGAUACAUUUGAGGGGGACGUUGGACCUCUAACCCGGAUUUCACUGGAGCGGGGUCCAAGACGGUCUCUGGUCCCAAGUGUUACCCGCAUUCUCCAGAGGACACUAUCACCCGAGCAAUUGUUCUAUUUGGAGAGAUGGAAGAAGAGGAUGAUUGCAGACCUGGGAGAGGAAGGGUUUAAAGAAUAUAGUGAAUGUUUGUUUAGAAAUGGCCAACUUUUCCAUAAUGCUGUGGAGGAUAUUCUAACUGCAGAAAAGAAGGACACAGAUCCUUCAGAUGCAUUUGGAUCUCCGGAAGUGGAAGGAUUUGUUGAUAGCAUCUCUCAUAUACUAGAAGACGUCAGCGGAGUGAGGGCAAUCGAAAGCACUGUACAGCAUGGGUCCCUGAACUAUCUGGGCAUUGUGGAUUGUGUGGCACGCUACAGGGGCGUACUGUGUGUGAUUGAAUGGAAGACAUCAGAGAGACCAAAGCCAUAUCUCAGCAACACGUAUGAUAACCCUCUUCAGGUGGCAGCGUAUGCUGGGGCUUUGAAUAGCGAUGACAACUAUAAUUACCAGGUUGAAAAUGGACUCAUUGUUGUGGCCUACAAGGAUGGCUCACCUGCACAUGUUCAUCAGCUGGGCUCGGAACUGCUUUUGGAAUUCUGGCAAAAGUGGUUGCUUCGCUUGGAGGACUUUGUAGACCAGAAAUGAGUGAGGUCACCAUUUUAGAUUGGACUUGUCUGACAACAUGGCUGAGAGAUGUAGUUGUCUUUUAUUCAAGAGUAUAUAUUUUUAUACAUAUUUGUCAAUAUUAAAAGUUUAUAAAAUCCACUAUUUCCAAUGCCUGAGGUCUUUACUGCUGACUUAA